AUGGGUUACACGAUAACAUAUAGGAAAGCAUGGAUGGGAAAACAAAAGGCAAUUGAAAAAGUUUAUGGUCAAUGGGAAGCCUCGUUUGAAGCUUUGCCGCAAUGGUGUGCAGCAAUGUGUGACUGUGUUCGAGGUUCCGUUGUUCAGUUGGAUGCUGUAGAUGCCUAUCGUGUUGAUGAGUUAGUUUCCAAUGUUAAAAUAUUUCGCCGAGUGUUUUGGACUUUUGGUCCUUGUAUCAGAGCAUUUAGAUACUGCAAACCACUUGUCCAAGUUGAUGGGACACAUUUAUAUGGAAAAUACAAGGGAGUUCUAUUAGUGGCUGUUGCACAAGAUGGUAAUCAAAAUAUUUUGCCAAUUGCUUUUGCUAUUGUUGAGGGUUAUUCAAGAACUGAACAUGAAUAUAAUAUUCAUUAUGAGCGUCUACGGGAACGUGGAGAGGUUUACUCAAACUGGCUUAAUGAAAUUCCUCGAGAGAAAUGGGUUCUAGCAUUUGAUGGAGGACAUAGGUGGGGUCACAUGACGACAGAUUUGGUUGAGUGCAUUAAUUUAGUGUUAAAAGGUGCCCGAAAUCUUCCAAUCACUGCCCCAUUAAGAGCAACUUACUUUCGAUUGGCUGAGUUAUUUGCUCGGAAAGGGAGUGAAGCAUAUGCACGAAAAAAGGCCGGACAUAUUUUCUCUGAAUUUGUGACAACCCGACUUCAAUCAAAUGAGGUAGGCGCCAGAAACUUGCGUAUUAGUCAAUUUGAUAGACGAAGUGAGAGUUUCCAUGUUCAGGAUUUAUCUAACAGGCAAGAAUAUAGAGUUGAUCUGAGGCAAAGGUAUUGUGACUGUGGUGAUAUGCAUACUGAUAGAUAUCCAUGUCGUCAUGUGAUUGCUGCAUGUUGUAUUAAAAACAUUGAUUGGCGUGCUUAUGUUGAUGAUGUUUAUACGAUUAAUAAAGUAUGCAAAGUUUAUAAGAAGGAGUUUGCGGUAAUUGGGAAUGAAAACACAUGGCGCCGUUAUAGAGGACCAAAACUUUGUCCUAAUCCUAGCUUGAAGCGCACAGGUAAAGGUCGUCCUAAAUCAACUCGUUUUCUGAAUCAAAUGGAUAUGCAUGAAAUGAGAAGACCAAAACGGUGUAGUCUUUGUCGAGCUGGGAACCAUAGUCGACAAGAAUGUCCUCAUGCUGCAAGACCAAGUACGUGA